GGCUAGCACAUCAAUUUGGGGCUAUGCUGCUGCGGCCGCUAUGUAGCUGGGCUUCCCGAUCUCUUCGUAGGGUAAGCCCCGGAAGUCCUGGGAGCCUCAUUUCGGGCACCGGGCCGCUGUGGGCACCUCACCGCGCCUUGCCUCCGGAUAAAGAUAGAGAAAAUGAUAAAGAGAAAAAAGCAGUGGUUUGUGUUGAGGGCAAUAUUGCAAGUGGGAAGACAACGUGCCUGGAAUUCUUCUCCAACACAACAGACGUCGAGGUGUUGAUGGAGCCUGUGCUCAAGUGGAGAAAUGUCCGAGGCCACAAUCCCCUGGGUCUAAUGUACCACGAUGCCAGUCGGUGGGGUCUCACACUGCAGACUUACGUGCAGCUCACUAUGCUGGACCAGCACACUCGUCCUCAGAUGUCACCUGUACGGUUGAUGGAAAGGUCAAUUUACAGUGCAAGAUACAUUUUUGUAGAAAACCUGUAUAGAAGUGGGAAGAUGCCUGAGGUUGACUACGUGAUUCUGUCUGAGUGGUUUGAUUGGAUCAUCAGGAACAUUGAUGUCUCCAUUGAUCUGAUAGUUUAUCUUCGAACCACUCCUGAAAUCUGCUACCAGAGAUUAAAGACGAGGUGCAGGGAAGAGGAGAGAAUCAUUCCGAUGGAGUACGUCAGUGCUAUUCAUCGCCUCUAUGAGGAGUGGCUGGUCACUGGUAGCCUUUUCCCAGCUGCGGCCCCUGUUCUGGUGAUUGAGGCUGACCACAACUUGGAGAAAAUGUUAGAACUCUUUGAACAAAACCGGGCCCGAAUAUUAACUCCAGACAAUUGGAAGCAUGGCCCGUAGGACUGGACAUGGCCGCAGUCUACAUGACAGUGUCAGGAGUAGUCCAGAAGGGCCACAUUAGCUCUUUAGAAGCAUUUGGAAGAAUCUACUCUCAGGAGCGUCUGUUACCUGGUCAGAUCUAUUUUUGUUAUGUUCUUUUCAUUUUGGGACAGAUGGCUUUUGUCAUCAGAUCCUUGCAGCACACAUUCCCCCUGGUACCCCACCUGGUGGCUUCCUGAGACUGAAACCCUUCGCUGUGUCCCUGGUGGUGGUCUAGCUGCUAUGCAUCAGGCCACUCAGUGGGCCAAGGGAGCAGUCUUCCAUCAUAGGUAAGGAUUUGAAGGUCGGAGAGGUGCAGGGACUCUUCAAGGUCAUAUAGCCAGUGCAUAAGGGAGCUGGCACCAUCAGACACCUGGCUUGGGCUGCCUCCCCCUGAGCUGUUUCUGUUUAGGCCUGCUGUUCUGAGCUCCAGCCCCCCAUGUCUUUGUGAGAGGAGCUGGCAGAAUGUGGUCUCUAUCACAUUUCACUACUGGGCAAGGUUCAAGGAGGAUCGACAUUACUAGUCUUUGGCACGCCUCUGUUAUUUGCCCCAAGCCCAGUGUUUCCUGGCAUGAAGGUGCUGUGGCCUCUACUAUUUUGUCAUCUGGAUCUCAGUGUCCAUAGGGGAAUCCCUCAUUGGCCUUUGGAUGGUGCCAGUGUCAUUGAGGAUGAAGGCCCUUCCCAGACUGCUGCCAGUUUUUGUCAUUCUGUGUCAGAAAAAAGACUUUUGGGACUUGGACACUUUGCCCUGUGCUGAGUGAGGCCAAGGGCAGCCAGCUGGGCUUCGCAGGCCCCAUCACUCUCUCCUGUCCUUGUGUGAGGAACAGGGCCCUUGGAAUUACUGAGUGUUUGUGCCCCAGGGAGAGAGACAUGGUGGCUUUAACUCUUUUGAAGUGUUUUUCCAUCUGAGCGGAUGUCUUGGACCACAGAGCACAAAGCCAUCUCUAUUGGAUCAGAAAAUAUCUCAACUUUGUGGGCCAUAAUUGCACACUGAAGGUGCAGCUGCUGCUUGAACCAGUCGAGACCAAGAGGAAGCCAGACUGUUCCUCUGGGGGACAGUGGGACUGGGACCCAGUCAGGGCUUGCAAAUAAAGGCAUUUAAAGUCUUGCAGCUCUUGACUUUCUGGAGUUGAUGGAUGCAUCUGGAGAAGACUGGAUGCAGACUCAGGGAAAUACAGCAUGGUAGGCUGCUGAUGAACGUGUGUCUCUCCAUAGGUGCCUGGUAAGCCUGGCGGCCUCAGAGAGGGCCAAGAGUCCAGCUGUUGCUCCUUCCUGUUUGGACCAAUUCUUGGGCCCUUUGUGUAGUAGGAAGGAAAGUGCUAAGGUGACCGUCCGUCAGUACCUGCAGUCUAACAGGGAUAAACCAUAAACCCGAGAAAGGCAGGAACCUUUGUACCAGCAGUCUUGACAUCUUUCGAAUUUACAAAUUGGCAGUCCCAGCACUUGUCCCUCUGCUUAAUGAUAGCACGUGUUUUGGGAACAAAUGUGACUUUUCUCUUGCUCUAUGGUAGCCAAUAAAUUCUACAUCUAAACCCUGA